AUGUAACCUUGACAAUGUAUGUUUAACAUGUGCAAAUCGGAUGUCCCUCUUUCCUUUGAACUUCAAAUGAUGUCUUUCGUGAACAGAAGGAGUAAUUUAUGAAAACGCAUAAACAAUGCUAUUACAAGGACGCUUAGCUGAUAUGCACUGCCAGUUUCAACGACUGCUGGAUAAUUAAUAGAUUUAGAAAAGGAUUCGUCAUGCUGACCUUUGCACUUUGUGUGUCCCUCUUUCUCCUUCUACUUGCAUACCUGUAUAAAUCAGUUAUCAAACACAGAUGGAAAUUUGCCGAAGUUCCCGCCGUCGGCAACAGAUGGCCACUCAUCGGGAACCUGUUUGACAUGUCAAAGACUCAUCUCGUUUUAACAGACUGGGCGAAGAAGUACGGCCCAAUAUUUAGAUUCAGUUUAUUUGGCGAGGAGAUAGUGGUAUUAAAUGACUAUGACAGUGUUUAUGAAGCUCUGGUGACUCGUGGGAGCGACUUCGCCGGUCGGCCGCACAUGAGCCGUACAGAUUACCAGGACCGAAACAAGAACUCGAUAGUAUGGCAGACUUAUACCCCUAAAUUGCAGUUUUUACGGAAGCAAAUUCAUUCCUCUCUUCGGAUGUAUGGUGGUGGCCUUGACAGGCUUCAGGAUCGAUGUGGCACGGAAAUUACUGAGCUGCUGUCACGUAUUGAUGCUUAUAAAGGCCAAGCCUUUGAUCCUUGGAGCCUUCUCUAUGAUUCUGCAUGCAACAUUAUGCUAGACCUGGCUAUUGGCACCAGGUUACCUUACAAUGGCAAAGAUCUGACACGGUUAAAAGAGAUUAAUGGAUUGUUCAAUCACUCGUUUGGUCCAGGUUCGAGUCGGAUACUUGACCGACUUCCAGUUUUCAACUUCCUUCAGGAUGAAUACAAAGCCCUUAAAAAGGCUGUAGGACUUCGAAAUAUAUUUUGGCUGGACCAUAGCUAUACCACGAACGACCCUGGGAGGAGCAGUGUUAUAUCAGACUUGCAGAAGCUAGCACGAGAUCCUCGGUAUAGUGAGUUCGACAUGUCAGAGUCAACUCUCAAAGAAACCUUUACCAAUCUCAUUCUUGCCGGUACAGAUACAACGACCACAGCUCUAACCUGUUUACUUCUGGUGCUACUUCACAGACCGGAAAUCCAAAAUCGUCUCCACAUGGAAAUAGACCACGUGGUAGGAUCGUCACGUGACCCUUCCCUCUCAGACCGCCCGUCAAUGCCAUAUAUGGAAGCGUGUUUAUUAGAGACUUUACGAUACAUUUCUCACGUACCCCUUGCCGUUCCUCACGCAACAAUUUGUGAUACCUCUGUUGGCGGAAAACAUAUACCGAAAAAUACAACAGUGUAUAUCAAUCUCUGGGCAUUGCAUCAUGACGAAAAUUUCUGGAUUGACCCGUGGAAGUUUGAGCCUCAAAGAUUCCUCGAUUCCGAAGGCCAUCUUGUACCGACACAUCAUGAAACCCGACGCAGGUUAAUGGCGUUCGGUGCGGGUCGUAGAGUUUGUCUAGGGGAGGCGCUGGCAAAAAACCGGCUCUUCUUAUUUACUGUGUCUCUGUUACAGAAGUUCAGAUUUGAAAAUACCGACACUGAAAAUGCACGCGACAUUGACCCAAGACAUUUCAGUCUAGGAAUAGUUCUUCACCCUAGUAAUUUCACUAUAAAAGCAAUCAAGCGAACUGAAGAGUGUAACAGUUCUUUAUCGAGUUGAUAAUUAUAUGAUUUAUAAAUAGCCUAGUUGUCAUAAAUUGAAUUUUUAACUCAAAAACUAGGAAGUGAAAGACGAGAGUUUCAGUGUAUAUGUCUUGUAUAUUUUUUAUCUUACUUUGGUGUGAUAUUCAUUUUGAACUUCAAAAAGUUGAUCAAUAUAUUGAACUUUUGGUAAGUAUUAAAUGUCUAUGUAUAUGCGCGCCUAAAUGAAUACUGUAAUAUUUUAUUUGAUAGUUAGCCAAUGUCUGUAUAUCUGCGCGCUCUAAUAACUACUGCAAAUUGUUAUCUUAUGGUUAAUAGUCAUUGUUUAUGUAUUAAAUACAAUAUUAAAUCUGA